AUGAAAUUCGCAUCGCUCACCACUCUGAUCGUGUCUGUCGCAUUGAUGGCCGGCGUAACUACCGCAUCUGAGGACCUUUUAGUAACCCCCAAGGGCCUAGCCUGCAACAACCCUGAUCGAGCGGGGUGCUCAACAGGCAUCAAAGGAUAUAACAACCAAAACGAUUUCGGGUAUUUCUGUGGAGCUACGGGCAAAAUUAUAGGCUUUGCGCCCUGUAAUUGUAAAAAUUGCUGUAAGGUGACUGGCGGUGGGGAUGACUUCACCUGUAAACGAGCGUCGCUCAACUCCAACGUGCCUGAUCCGAGUGAUGAUGUGCUUGCUUUCGCUAGUGCAUGGAACAACUAG